AUGGCAGUUGAUUCCGUUUCCGCCGGCGAGGCUACACCCCCCUUCCCUUCCGCCUACUCCGCGCAACCUCCCCCACCUCACGCCCCCGCGUAUUCCCCUGAUCCACGCUUCGCCGCUCAUCCAGGAUAUCAGGUGCCCCCGCCCCCCUACGAAAGCGCAGCCGCAGCGUUUUCCCCGGCUGUCCCCCCCUAUGGUUCCGCGCCUCCCCUUCCCCCGUAUCCCCCCCCGGGCUCUGCCCCUGCGCCUCCACCUGCGCCUGCACCUGCGCCCGCUCCCCCUGUCCUGCCGCCAGGUGGCGGAGCCGCAUUGGUUGCUGCAGCUGCUGCAGUAGUAGACGAAUACGACCCGGCUAGACCUAAUGACUACGAGAAGAUACUAAGGGAGAGGAAGAGGAAGGCUGCUGAGGAGGAGAGGCGGCGGGAGAUGGAGAGGAGGAGGAGGGAGGAGGAGGAGAGGGAGAAGGAGCGGGAGGCAGUGCUGCAGCGGCAGAGAGACCUUGAGCUCGCGAUCAAGGCUGAACGUGAGGUACGUGCUCUCGAGAUAUACACAGCCAAGGCAGCAGAGCAGGAGGGGGGCGCGUCAGCAUCACCAGCAGCAGCUGCAGCCUCUGCUGGCCCGGAACGCUCCCAGCUGCGCGUCAGUGGGGAGGAGGCCUGGCGCCGCAGAGCAAUGCUGAGUGGAGGGGGGGCAGGAGGGGGAGCAGGAGGGGGAGCAGGGGGCGGACUAGGAGCAGCAGCGGGAGGAGCAUCGGCAAGCCCACGAGCUGGAGAGAGAUCUCCGUCACCUCCUAAGUCGGAGGGGUUUGCCAUGCCCAAGAAUUCUGGCGACGGGUUGACAGCAGCAGAGAGGAUGAUGAUGAAGAUGGGAUGGAAGGCUGGGCAAGGGCUGGGUAAGCAGGAGCAGGGUAUCACCACACCUCUCAUGGCAAAGAAGACGGACAAGCACGGAGGAGUGAUUGUCGCUGCCAAGCCGCUGAAGAAAGGAGGUGGAGGGGAGGGCGGGGAGAAUAAUGCUGCUGGUGCUGGGGGAAAGAGAGCGAAGCUGGGUGGUGUGGCACUCAAUGGGCCUCCCUCGAAGGUUGUCCUGCUUAGAAACAUGGUUGGUCCUGGAGAGGUGGAUGAAGAGCUAGAAGAGGAAGUGGCAGGUGAGUGUCUCAAAUAUGGCACUGUAACGCGGAAUAAGGAGCCAAGGAAAUCGACAGUGAAGGAUCUUGCAAAGAAGUUUGACAUCAAGCCUAAUUUAUUGGUCCAGGGAACCAAGGUCGUCUCUAGGGAUUAUGACGACGCCGACGGAAGGCUGACUAAGUCAGAAUUGGAAGAAGUGAAAACUCGUUUGGAAAAACUUCACACUCUGCUGGAUGGAAGCCAGCGGGAUGAAGUCGGUUCAAUCUUGGAGAUUGUUGGCAGAGCUUUGCGCCGGAGGUCUAGCGAUCGCUCCGAAAACAAAUGGACGGAAAUCCCGCUCAAGUCAACAGACAUGCAAAAUCAGGGAGAUGAUGAUGCGCUUUUAUCAUUGCUGGCAUCAAAAGGGGAAGAAGUUUCGCGCCUUAAGGCAGAAGUUAUGGAGCUCAAGUCUCGCAUGGUUGGCGAGCGGGGGAUUAUGAAGUACGAGAUUCAAGGAAAUGAGGAGCUGGGAAGCCUCCUUUUCGUGGUUGCAUUGUCUGAUGAGGUGGCGCACCCAUCCCAGUGCAGCAUUCGCUGGUAUCGAUCCAGCAAAGAUGGGAAGCAUACUCAGCUCAUCAUAGGCGCGGAAGGGACUAUGUAUGCAACUGAGCCUGAAGACCUGGGCUGUGUCAUUCAGGCGGCAAUAGAAUCAUCAUCAGCAUGUCAAGGAAUAAUGUUUCUGACAACAGGAGAGAUCCAACCAGGGAGCAUGUACGAGACGCUGCUUGGUCAGACUGUUCUUCUCAAUGACGUCCAAUUUUCGGUCCUCAUAUGCAACAAUGAUGGGAGCACAACUGCUAACGUGGAUCAGGCCAUGUUGCGAAUCAACAAAGCGCGGGUGAAACUGGUCACAACCUCAAACUCGUUGAUCAGGAGAGAGUCAUAUAACCAGGCCAUGCAGUUCUAUGGGCUUAGGUGGAGCACCAAUUCUUCUUCUCUUGGUGCAUGCUGGGUUCCACGUAAAGGUGUGAUGUUCAACAUCAUGUUCCAGUCCAUCACGGAAAGGAACAUAGCCAUCCAAGUAGCGAAGACAUAUGCGAGCAAACUGAAGAUUGAUGUCUCAGGGCCAGAAGGACAUUUCCAUGGUCAUGACGAUUGA